GAUAAAAUUGAAAGUGCAAGUAAGGCACCUGCCGACACAAACCUGAGAAAACUACAAACUACAAAAUAGUGAAGAAAUGGACAUACUUUACAUAUACGUUUUCCUCCUUUCCUUUUUAACUCUGGAAGCUAAGAGAGAUGAUGAUAUUUACUGUGCAGUGUGCAGAGCACUUGUUGAUGAAGUCAACCACAGUAUUUCUUUGGUUGAUUCAAAGCAGAAAGUUCAAGUUGGAAGUUUUAGAGUUGAUUCAAAAGGGAACCAGAAAGUAGUUGAGGUUCCCUUAGCAAGAUCUGAAAUUCACUUAACAGAAGUGUUUGAAACCAUCUGUGAAAAAUUUAGACAGUAUGGUAAUACCAAAAAUGAACUAGGAAAGAAAAGUGUUGUGAGAAUGGUUUCUAGGGAUGGCAAACCUUUAGUUCUCAAAGAUAUCCAUAUUACAAUGGAGGGCAUGAAGUUACUCACACACACAUGUGAAACAAUAGCAGAGGAGUAUGAAGAUCAGAUAAUUCGAGCCUUCAGAGAUGGAGAACUUGCAGCUGUGGAGCAGAAAGUGUGUGGAAACAUUGCAGGGUACUGCUCGGAGGAAGAUUUAAACACACCCAUGCCAGAGCCAGGCCCCGUACAGGAAUCUCAAAAGGUGGAAGAUAAAAGGGAAGAUGAGGAGGAGGAAGAAGAAGAUGAGACAGAUGAAGGGAUUGAAGAGGAAGAAGAGGAAAGUGAAAACAAAGACAACAAAGAGGAGUUAUGAUAGCAGUAGCAAAUAGAUGGUUACAGAUGGAAGAGUUGUCUUUCUUUGGCACACUGAUCUCAAUGAAAUGAUUCUGUGCUCAUGCCUCAUUAAUACACUGUCCUAUGUAUAGAGUAUGAAUUUUGGUUUAUAGAAAUAUCUAUAUGCAUAAUUUUUCUGUUGAUAGGUCAAUGUUGACACACCACCCAUGGUGUUAAAAAUACAUUCCCUGCUAAUAAAUAUCAUUGAUACACAUACUGUGGAUUCAUUUAAAUUGGGGGGGGGGGGUUUUGCUUAUUCCUGGGGAUGUAAUUUCAUUGAUGCUUUGGUUUUCAGUUUCAGUUAGAAAGACAGCUCUUUGUAAAUUUGUUUUCAUCGACGAUGUUAAUUUGUAGAGGAGGGCUACCCAGUAAUACCACAAAAAUUGUGCCACCUUGAAUUCAAAUGAUUCCACAGUAUUUGGAACUACACACAGGCUUUAAUCUAAAAAGCAGUUUUUACUCAAAAAUAUUUUAACAAACUGUUUUGAUUGACCAAUCAGUUCUUGGUAGGCACAGGCCUUUGAAAGAAUUCCUUCUAAUCAAAUUAAUGGAUCAGAUAUUUGUAUGUUUAUUAAAUAUGAACAUGUUCAUCAAACUAUUUCUUGAUCCCAUAUUUUAAACAAAAAAUCAUAUGUACAAGAAAAAUUGAAAAUAGAUAUAUUUUGUUACUGAUUACAAUAGGAUUAUUACAUGGUAUGUAAAAUUUCUUUUUACUUGCACGUGUAUAUAAUUGUAGAUUUCGUUUGGCAUUAACUAGAAUGUAUUACGAAUGAAUAAGGUGUACAUGAAGAAAUGACAAUUGUGGGCAGGGAAUGGCUGUACUUAUUCAGAAAAAAAUAUGUAGAAUUCUUCAUUAAUAUAAUAGCUCUAAGCAGGUUCCACCAAUCUUCAAGAUGAAUAAGCUUCGAAAUGAUUAAGAAAUUAACCUGUAUAUGGUCUUCAUUUUUAAGAUAACUUUUUUAUGUUGACAAGUCUGUCAUUGGCCACUGAUUGGUCAUUAUCUGUACCUUAUUUGAUGGACCUCUAGAAAUGAGAUUUUGCAAUAACUGUAUGAAUUAUAAUGAAGUACUUGAUUAAAUGUAUGUAUGCAAAUUAUGUAAAGCACAGAUACAAGUAGGCAGGCCAUUUGAUCUAGAAAUAUUAUAUUUUUUUUAUCAGUAUAGAAGUAGAUUGAUUUAAAAAUGGUUUCUUGAUUGUCUUUUGAUAGAAAAAAAGUGUGUUUGAUUUAGUUAUAUAAAUUUAUCAUAUUCAUUACUUGUAUGAAAAGUAUUCAACUUAUUUAUUUAUCCAUGCUCUUUACUUAUCGUGGGUAAUGGUCUGUCUGCAUAUAUAGUUUUAAAUAGCAUGCACAUAAAGAUAGUGAUUUUAUUUAUUACAUUAGGUAUAACAUUAUGAUUAUGAAGUAUCAUGAUUUCAGCAUACAUUGUUUUCCAUUUGUUCUGCAUUUCUGGGUAAAAAAGUACAUGGUACUAGUUUUACAUUGUCUUUCAGGCUUGCAUUAAUUCAGUGUUGUUUCUAAUGAAAAUCCCCACUCAAAAAAUAUUUUAAAAAAUAAGUUUUUAAAUUAUUGGUCUCUUAUUUUCAAUUUGAAGUUCAAAAUUGAAACUUUUGAAGGUUAUUAUUUCAUCUUUCCUGAUCAUUAGUUUUGUGAAAUUAUAUUCUGUUAUUAUUAUUUUAUUUUUUUGGAGAAACAGAUAUGUUUUGGAAGAAAUAUUACCAUUUUGUACACUAUAAGCAGUAUAGUAAAACAAAUACUAGGUAAAUUAUUUUGAAAUACUGUUAUGUUAGAUAUUUUUGAAUCUUGAUCAUCAUUCUUGAAUCAUGUAAAACUUCUGCAUAAUUGAUACUUUAAUCAUGUGUAUUGAAUACAUGUGUAUCAUUUGAUAUAUGGCAUUUCAUUUUUUAUUUUUUUUGGAAAUAUUGAUUACUUUUGUAUAUAAAAAAAUCAAAUAUAUGAAAUCAUUAAUAAAAGUUUUCAUAAUGA